AUGCGGGUAAAGAAGCAAAAUAAAGGUAGAGAUAUACAGAGAUAGACGAAAGGAAGGCGUGAGAAAAAAAAACGAGAAUAAUAAAAAAUGGAGAACAAAAUUUUGUAAUUUCUCAUUUUUUAAAUCGAGGGAACGUUCUCCAUUUUCCCUUUUUUUUUUUUCGAUCAAGUAUUAUUUUUUCUCGAUAUCUAAAUUUAACCUGUGGGAUUUCGAUAUCAGAAACUUAUCAAAGAGAUAAAAUUGUGAUCCCCAUCGAUCGGAGCAGCUGCUGAUUUUAUUUUUAAAUCACAAUUCGUUCUAUGAUUCCCUCUAGAUUCAGAUGUAAUUCUAUCGAUUCUGAACCUUCCGCUCCAAAACGAAUCGGAAAUAAUCGAUUAAAAAAAACAAACGGGAAAUCAAUUCUAAUCUUCGAGGAGUGAUAAAAUAACAUUAAAAAAAAAAAAAAAAAGAUCUUUGAAAAAUGUUCGAUUUUGCUGUGCUCGAGUUCAGAAAAAAAGUGUUCACAGCGUUAGCAGUUUUGUGAAUUAAGAGAUAACUUAUUUUUUUUUUCUAUAAUUGUAAUCCAAUUUUCUUGAUUCUUGCGAUACUUCUGAAGUUCCGCAAAGUUUAUUACUAUCGGCGAUACAACUGAGGAUAUUAGAGUCAGUUUGUGCACCGUAAAUGCUAUUGCAGAUAUACUGUGAACUGUGCUAACCAUAAGGAGAUAAUAAAAAUCUUUAUCUCCAUCGUAAUUAUUUUUGACAAACGUAUAAUAAUAAUAGAAAAAAGUGAUAAUAAUCGUGUGAAUUCAAGUGUCUUAUAUGCAACUUCAAAUUCUUACCAAAAAUUAUUCAGUAAAAAGAUUGAAGGAAAAGAACUUUUGUAUUCUUGGUAUUUAUUAAAUGCCCCGAACAAAGGUUUAAAUGCACCGGCUCUUUAAAGACCAUUUAAAAUACUCCUUCCACUGAAUGAUUCGAUAAAUAUUUUCGAAAAAAUCAAAGACAAAUGAUUAAAAAUCCCUUGCAGAGAUAGAACUUCGAAUGUUGGAAUAAUAAAGGGUUCGCGGUGGAUUUCGCGAAUUUCUCUAACAAAUUAUUAAUCAAACUUGGGAAAUCUAUCGAUCCGCAUAGAUCGAUAGUGUAGUGCGUUUGAUGAACUCGUCAAAUAAACAAUAAUCCAAUAGAUAAGAGAUCAGUGAGCGUUCGAAUUCUACAAUUUUGUACUUUCGCAUACUAUGAGAGGAUGAGCUGUUCGGUGAAGAUAUCCAGCGCGAAAAAUUGGGGCGGUUCGCAGCGCAGGAUCAACUCUCUGACGGAGGAAUCCUUUCCUCUGGGACCCCCAAGGACACCACCUAGACCCGUUAAAUCCAUUGCAGCUAAGAAGGGUGAGGACACCACGAAACUGUUGAAGUAUGUCGAUGACAACGUCAUCGGUAAGAGCAGCACAUUCUUCGGGCCAUUCGGCCGCAGAAAAGUCGUCUACUGCGACUACACCGCUUCGGGAAGAUCGCUGCAAUUUUUAGAAGAAUAUAUUUCAAAGGAAGUACUUCCGUGUCUCGGUGACACCAGAGCCUCGACGUCCAUCUGCAGUCUUCAGUCUUCUUUAUUCAGACACGAAGCUCGAGAUAUAGUGAGGCAUGCAGUCGGUGCGAGUGAACAGGACGCUGUCCUUUUUACGGGUCACGGAACCGCCGGCGCCCUGCGUACCCUUCUCCGUCAUCUGGACCUCAACAAACCAACCGUUGUUUUCGUGGGUCCUUUCGAGCAUCACGCGAACCUACGUCCUUGGAGGGAACACGGUGUUAAGAUAACGCGAAUCGCUGAGACCAAGGAAGGUUUCCUAGAUCUGAAUGACCUGGACCGUCAAUUGGCCAAGGAACGCGUCACCGGUGCUCAGUUGGUGGGAUGUUUCAGCGCCGCAAGUUGCAUCACCGGUGUACUCGCCGAUGACGUUGCCACAACCCUUCUUCUCCAUCAGCACGGGGCUCUCAGCAUUUGGGAUUAUACGUCAGCAGCUCCGUACGUCCAGAUGGAUAUGAACCCGAAUCUUCCGGGAGUCGGUGAAAAUGCGGUACACAAAGAUGCCAUGAUAUUCGCGGGUCAUAAAUUUAUCGGCGGUGCCCAGACGCCGGGAGUUUUAGUGACGAAGAGAGCUCUUCUCAGGGUCGAGGAGACUCCCGAGGAUAUUAGGGACUCCCAUCGCUACCUGCAAGACCCAGAACUCCGCGAGGAAAGCGGUACCGCCGCGGUUGUCGAAAGCAUCAGAUGCGGACUCGCCGUACAACUCAAAGAAAAUAUCACACCGCAAGCGAUCAUGGCUCGACAAGAUAAAAUCACAAAACAAGUCCUGGCUCACGUGCGCACGAUUCCAGAACUUAUACUGCUCGGCAGCAGUUCGCACAACGUGAAGCGACUGUCGUUAUUUUCCUUCAUGGUUCGUCAUCCUCGGGGCACCUUCCUUCACCACAAUUUCGUCUGCGCGGUUCUCAACGACGUGUUCGGAGUUCAGGCCAGAGGUGGAUGCGCGUGUACGGGAAGAUACGCUCACGAACUUAUGGGAAUCGAUGAAAAACUAGCCAAAGAUUACGAGGCCGUACUUCAACAGAACGGCUGCAACGAGGAAACUAGCAUGGAGAUGUUGCGACCCGGAUUCGCCCGGCUUUCAUUUCCCUUCUUCAUGUCGGAAACCGAAGUAGCCUUCGUCCUCGAGGCUUUAAAGAUGGUGGCGACCGAAGGUUGGAAACUGCUGCCGCAGUACGUCCUGAACCCGGAUACGGGAGAAUGGCGUCAUCACACAAACAGCGUAUUCAAGGAUCGAAAGUGGUUGGGUUCCAUCAGAUACACCGAUGGAAAGAUGAUCACAUCGGAACGACGGGUUUCGGGUCCCGGAGUAUUCCCGCAGAGUUACAGCGAUUGCCUGCAGACCGCUAGAAAUAUAUUCAACAGGGCCCGAAAAAUGGCCCAGCGAUAUCCCCUGCAGAUCGAUCAGAGCGUCGUGUUUACCGAGCAAACUAAGACCCUCCGGUGGUUCAUAUUACCCAACGAAGCGCAGGACCUUCUCCUAGGAAAUUCGCAAAACGUCAAACAGGAUGUGCCCUUCAACCCGGUGACCUAUAGGUUGAGAUACAGCGCCUUCGAUAUCCCUAGCAAUACUCUACUAAUGGCGAACGGAAUACGCAGAUUGAACAGCGACAUUCCGCGUACGGGAAACCCUCCGAUAACUCCCAACUCUCCGAGGCAUCACAGCUUGCCGGUUCUGACCAGAACAGUACCUCCGAUUGUCGACCCGAAGAAAUAUUCCUUCGGUCAAACGAUGCCCGCGCACUUGAGGUGCACGGUUUCUCCUCCGCUUAUGGCCCAGCUAUCCCUUCCAGAAUAUGCGACGACGCCGUACGGCGCGGGUCAAAAGUCACCGUCUACUUGCCCCAGUUCCCCGAUGCCCGUGAGGUUCGCCGUUGGAGAGGCGGUGACCCCGGCUAUUCUCGGGACUCCUGUCGUCGCCCAACUGAUCGCCGGAGAUCAGAGUACCACGGGUAGAGCGCGUUGCAAUUCUUUAGGAAGUUCCGGAACGUCGCCGCCGAUACUCAGCCCGCAAACAAUGGCUAGCUUGGGAAUAAACACCGCGAGACACAGGCACUGCAGCUGCAGCAGUCAGACUGAUUUGAACUCUUUGGAAUACGAGAAUGGCAGUCCAACUCAUUCUUUGAACCACGUCAAUUCUUUGAGCAAUUCCGAUAUGAGGGUCGGACGUUCUUCGCCGGUAUCAAAUCUCUCGCAGAGUUCGGAAGAUCUUCAUAAUUACCUCAAGGAAGUUACGAAAGAAUUAGCGACUGAAAUAAAAUCCGAAAUACGCGAGGUCAUUUCCCAGGUAGACGACGUACUUUCGGAAACGAACACCACCGAAAAUACGCCGCAACAUCAUUCGAGGACGCAUAGUUUGAACCACUGCGAAGAUAAACACGACUCAUUUUCGGCUAGUGAUAUCGCCGAGUACCUGAUGGAGUUCUCGAAGGAGAUGGCCAGCGAAGUGAAAUCGGAAAUCAGAUGCAUGGUGAACGCGGUCGACGGUCUCCAUAGAUUUUCACCCGAUACUUCGUCCUCCGACAAGUCUUCCAACGGAUGUGGAUCCCCGGAAAGAAUUUUCCCGAAGGCUGGCGCGGUCGGCAAACUCAGCGAACUCUCGCAGGAGAGUAAAAUGUCGAGUGAGUGUUCGUCGGACGAGACGGUGAUAUACGUUAUAAAGCAGGAGGGAGAGCGUAAAACCGACGACGAAGAUCACAGCGGUGCUGAAAUUGACAUAAAAACAUUGCCCAAGAUAUACUCGACGAUAAAUUCGGUGAGUUCCCAGGACAGCGGCAUCAACUUGUCUUUUCACGAGAACGACAAGUCCGCCGAUUCCGAUCUGAGAAGGAGUAGUAGUGCAGAAUCCAAUUCCAACGGAUGUAGGAGGCUCAGAAUGAACGGCAAAUCAGCGAAGCAAAAGCGCGUCAACGACCUGUCGGAAGACGAGGAAAUCGCGUCCGAAUCAUCGGGGCUGGAAGAAGCGGAAAGACUCAUUCCUCUUGAGAAAGCUUCGGAAGAUGGCUCACCUCAGUGGCUCUGCCCACCAAAGAACAUCUGGAAACCGUCCGUCGAAGCGAUGCAAGAAUUCGACAUGAUCAGAGACGGAGACAAGGUCAUGGUAUGCCUCUCGGGGGGCAAAGAUUCCCUUUCAUUAUUGCACACCUUGCACCAGUACCAAUUUUACGUCAGAUCGAAGGGUGUGAACUUCGAAAUCGGAGCUGCUACCGUGGACAGUAAAACUUACGACCCUCUUCAGCUGAUGACGUAUCUGAAGGCUUUGGAAGUGCCAUAUUUUUACGAGGAACAAUCUUCGGUUGAAGAUGAAAUUGGAAGGUCGGCGUGCAACUUUUGCAGUCGGACUAAGAGGAAUAGAUUGUACACCGUGGCUAAGGAACAUUCUUACAAUGUACUCGCCCUUGGACAACACUUGGAUGAUCUGACGGAAGGAUUUCUGAUGUCAGUAUUUCACAACGGAAAACUUAGGACAAUGAAAGCGCACUAUUACAUACGGGAACGCGACCUCAGAGUGAUACGCCCGUUUGUAUACGUCCGGGAAAAAGCUCUCCGACAAUUCGCCGAGUGCAAGAAACUCCCGGUGGUCCAGGAAACGUGUCCGACAUGCGAAGACACUCCAAAGAAACUGGAGCGUAACAAGUUGUUAAUAGCUCAACAGGAGCAAGUUUAUCCUCGUUUGUACUGGUCUUUAAGAUCAGCUUUACAACCGCUUAUCGUGGCAAAAGGUUUUACCGAAGAAACAAAUCAACAAAAAAGGUUGCACCGACGUCCGAGAACGAACUCCUUCACAGCAUCAGCGAGCAACAGCGCGUCUCAGCCGUUGAAUGACAGCGAAACAGAAGAGGAGCCGGUUGUAUAGAAAUCGGCAGAAGGUGGGACAAGAAACUUGAUCUCAGUUUCUUACAUGGAAUCUGUUGUAAUACCUACUAUGACGUGGUAAGUUCAAGAAACAUCUUGAUUCAAUUAAAUCGCCGCAAUAAACAUCGAGCAGAAAGCAUACGUCUUUGCGGAUGGCGACGUAAUUUCCACUUGGAAACCUCAUUAUUUACUCUCGUGAGACGACAAGAUUAUUUCGAGGAAGGGGACAAAUAAAUAAUCCUUUGGUCGAUUCGUGAAAUCGUUAUCAACUGGUUCGCUCGGAGCUAAUGAACGAAUGUGUUCAUUCGGCAGCAACCCGUUUCAUCAUCCCCGAAUGAUAUCCUUGCUAUAGAAUUCUGACAUGAUUACCAAUUGGAUCAAUAAUUGGUAUUCAAUUUGUAAAAUUAUUGAGCGGUUUCGCGCUGAUCAUCGACAUAAAAAUAAUAGUUGUCAUAAUCGUAACGAUUACGAUAUAAUAGUUAAAACAUUAUAACACAAGUCACAACAAUAGUAAUAAUGAAUAUCUCACGAACAUACAUAAUAUCACGAUAGAAAGGGCCGGCAGAUUCGUACGAGGGAUUUACUCGAUCGACGUAAUUUAAUGUAUGUACAAUUGAUUUUCUGAAUUCGGGGAAAUGCCUGAUUCGAAAUUUGGGACGAAAAUUUUAACCGAGUGAAAUGAAUCGUAGAUCCGGCUAAAGUUUACUAAUUAUUAUAAUUGACUUACAGUGUAAGUCUUAUAUAAAUCCGACAGUAAUUAAACGUUUUCAUUAAUUAUUGUAUGAUAAUGACGUGUCUAAGGGAAUAAUAAGAAUACUAUUAUUAUGGAGACAUAAAUCAUGUUUAAAUGAUGAGCUCUAUUUACCUAUAUUGGUAUUCGCGUUGAUAUUGGAAUUUUUUUUUUAAAACAAUCACGCGUGAAAUGACUAUAUGAACACAUGUGUUUUCAAAAUAUAAUGACUCGUGAAGAAAAAAAAAAAGAUAGAAGCAGUCCUUAUAAUGUAAUAUGAUGUCGCGUGAUCGAUGAAUUUUUAAAAGGCUAAUAUAUUACAGUAUAUUGGAGAUUGACGACUGUAAAUAGAGAUAUACUGAUAAUAAAUUUGUAACAAAGUUCGACAUGCCUCGUCAGGGGUACGUGAUAGUUUUACUUUUUGUAGCUAUGUAAUAUUUAAAUAUUCAACGUUCGCGAUGUGAGCAAUAUACCAUCGAAAAUAAAAUUGACAAUGAAUGAAUUGAAAAAUUUUUAAUACUGAAAGAAACAAAGAUUUGAAAAAAAAUGAACAAUAUAUCCUUCGUAGCGCGUGACAACCAACGCUUGUUUCGAUUUUCACAAGUAUGUAAAACUAUCUAUGUCCUUUUUUUGUUUAAUUGUGAUUUUUUUUUCUCUUUUAUCAAAUUACGAUUUGUAUUAUUUGCGUAUAUCGUGAUAUGUACAUGUGCUUUUUUACGCGUACUAUUUCAAAAUUAGAGCACAUAAUUUCUAAUUUGUUGUGUCUUUACAAAUUUUUUUGAAGAGGCCGACAAUAUUGUCUUUUGAAAUUUAAAUGAUUGAAAAUUGUAUACAACUAUACAUAUAAACCUACAUAUUAAGGUAGCAUGUGUAAGUGCGUUUUAUACUUCAUAAAUUAUUGUAUUGAUCAAUGAGUUACGUUAAUAAAUUUUUCAAAAAAAAGAAAGAAAAAAGAAAAAAAUAUUCUUACUGAAAAACUGACUUACGUCGGAAGAAAAUUGAAAGAAAAAAAUGAGCAAAUGAAAUCGUGUUGAUAAUAUAUUGAAAAUUACGAGGGCAUCGUGCUUAUUCGUUGAAUUAUAUAAGCCUCCGUCCCGGGACCUUCGAAAACUUGAAUAUCACAAAAUUGAAUGGAAGAAAUAAGUUAUUUAAAUAAAAAUUGAAAAAUUCUGCUGGCAGGUUACGAACUACUGUUUUUUUUACCAUCGUAAAGUAGAAAUUAAACAAUAAAGCGGCUGGACCAAUUCGAUGCGAUAAAAGAUAUUCCAAUAUUUGAACGAUAAAAGUAUAUAAUUAUACGAAAUGAUUGACUUCGCAGAUGGUUUGAGAAAACUUGCAAUGGAUUUUUCAACAAAGAGCUAUCAUGCAGAUACAUGAAGCGUUUGGCUUAAUAUUAUACGAUACGAAUCUAAUAUUAUAAUUAGUCGUAUAACUACUAUAGAUAGAUACAUACAUAGAUAGCAAUAGAAAAGAAAAUUUACAAUAUACCAUUAACGUGCGAGUGUGAUUUUCGACUUUAAAAAUUGAAAAAGUGAAAUAAAUCGGAUGGCUCUGAAAACUACGUUGCUUUUUCAUUAAUCAAAAUUCAUAGAUAUUGUGUUAUUGUGUAUGGCGUUAUUAUUAAUGAUAUAUAUUAUUAUUACUAUACAUAAUUAGUGUUCAUUAAUAAUAAAUAACGGUUAAACUUAUUAGGGUGAUUAUUUAUUGUGGAUUGUUUUGUAUACGUCAUCAUACCUGUAGCAGUUUGCGGUCUUUGGCCGCUUGAGGAAGAGAUAUGAAAUAUUUUUUGCGGUCGAGAAAUAUUAUCUUUCUUCCGAACGGCCUAUAGGGUGAAAAACCUAUCGACGAACCCUCCCACAGACAAAUACGAACUGUACUCUUAAACUUCUAGACGAAUAACGACUAUUUUGAGCAUCUAACCAUAUUAUCAGAUACAUUAUUUUUUGUUCACGAAUUUAGGACCGCGACAAAUAAGUAGACGUACAAAAGUGUAUAGAUUUUUACGAAGUUAUUUAAACAUAAGAUAUAUAUGUAUGCAUAUAUAUGUAUAUUAAAUACUAUAUUACAGAUAUAUAUUAAUAAAUAUAUAUAAAUAAAUGAAGAAAUUAUUUAUUUGAGCAACUCUAAAUUCGUGAAUGAAAUUUUCAUCGCAAAACUAGUUACCUGUACACCUACCUUUGCAUAUUAUAUAAACAUACCGUUAUAUAUAUCCCCACAUACCUGUGUAACUCUUAGCAUCGACUAACUUGAGUAGAGUAGUUACGCAAUGUUCUUAGAACGCGUUGUUUUAAUAUAAAUAUACUUGUCUACCCUUUGAACUAAUUAGCAUUAGAUAGACCUUAUCCAAUGUAGAUUAUUACAUAAUUGAUAUGUCUCAUUGAUAAUUGUUAUCAUACCCUAUGAAUCACGGGGGUAUAAUAUAUGCUACACAUAACUUUACAGUUCGCAAACCUCUUAUAUAAACUUUUCAAAAUAGUAUUUUCCAUUUACGAAAAUUACCCGAGGCUGACUCCAUAUCAGAGAUUUUUCACAUGAUGGAAACACGAAAAUGUAAAAUGAAUUCAAUUAGAUACGAAAAAAAGGUCACAAUAGACUAAUACUGGGCCUAUUUUAUUCUUUGCAUAAUGACACGUAAAGGAUGUGGAGCCAGCCGUCGCACUGUGACAGUCAUUAUACUGUGGUAAUUAUAAUUGGUUCACUGAGUUUAAGGGACAGCCAUAAUAUUGAUAGAAGCAAAAAUAAUAUCCAUAUAUAUAUAUAGGACAAAUCGUAAUUUUAAAUGCAACGGGAAAUCAAAAAAUUGUUAUUAUACACACCCCAAACUGCAUCGUUUAAUGUUAUACGUGAAAAGCCAUACGCCAGGUAAACGCACCGUUCUUAAGAAUUCUUAUUUCUUAUUGUUUUCUUUUAUUUUCUUUUUUAUUCAAAUACUAAAUACAGACCGAAAUUAGCGCGAUUGCGAUUAGCCGUUGUUUAAUUUCGUUGAAAUAUUGUGGAAAAUCUUAUAUCACGUUUGAAUUAUUGAAGUAUUUUUCUAGAACGCUAAAUGGCAAUGCAUUAAUUGCGUCGUUAACAUCGAUGAACAUGAUGUAAAAGAUUUAAAAAUAAAACGAUAAAACUUUGAAAUCAAAAAACAACAUAAAAACACCACAUGUAUAUUUGUAAGGGUAUAUUUAUCGUUAAGAUUAACGCACGAAGAGCAUGUAUGGAAAAAAAAAAAAAAAUUAUCACUCAUCAUUGAUUGUUUUUAAAGUUAUAUCGUUAGGAUUUGUUUUUUACAUUUUGAAUAAAAUUGCAAGCGCGCGGGUAGUCUCUCUAAUCUUUGAUGAAAACGCACGACGAAUGAUAAUUAUUUUUAUGUAUUAAUAUAUCAUUACAACAGCUUCUGCAGUCAUUAUAAAUAGGUAAUACGAAAGUUGUUCGGAAAUGAAUUUAUAUUAGAUCAUUACCUACUUCUAAUAUGGAUGAGCAUUGAUUGCAAUUGUUUGAGAGACGGUUACGUUUUCUAUUAAUCUUUUUAAGUGUCGAAUGAAAUCUAUCAUAAAGGAAAAAAAAAAAACGAAAAAACGAAAAAAAAACAAAACAGAUAUUAUCUACAAAUCAUGAUAGAUAUUAUAUUUUCAGAGAAUUAAAAUACGAAGUAUAUUGUUAUUGUAAAGAUAUGUAAGUUUAUUUAUCGCUAAUAAAAACGACUGUAUAAAAUUACAAA